CACACACAUAUAUAACGUGGCGAUGGCUAAUUAGGGGCAUCGACUUAGAUUUAUUUACAGGCUAUUUAAUGAUAUUUGCUUUUCGUAUUAUACAGCUCUUUUUUACGCACGGAGAAAAGCAAAUCCUUGGGUUGGUGUGCACACGUUUCUUUUCCGGUGGGAAACUAGGUAGACAUGUUCCAAGCCUGGCGCAGAAAAGCUAAUUAUUAUUUAUAAGCAUAUAGAACAAGAUAUUCGACUCGCAUCGAUAAUUUAAACACAUGUAAGCGUGACGUUAAAUCGUCGAUACGUCAGUUGCCCUUCUGCAGCCUAAAAUAGCCACGAAAAGCUGUAAUGGGAGAAGCAUGAGGUUAACAGAAUGUGUUCUGCUAUCAAGUCAGCACCAUUGAGUUUUAUUUUUAACAUUGCAUCAAGCAUGCAAUAACAUGUGGAAACUUCGUGUUAGUGACUAGGUAAGCGUAAAGAAGGCUGAGCUCCAUUCUGACAUGUCAUGGAUAGGGAAACCUUUCAUAACUGCUGCAGUCUGGUCAAAAUGCCCAGGCAGGUCCAGCAGCACUGCUCCUCUCAUUUCAUUGAGUACAUAGAGAGAGAAAUACCCUACUCCAAAUUCUUCAAGAACUACUUGAUCUCGAACCAGCCGUGCAUGUUCUCCAAAAGAUUCACAGAAGACUGGAACUGCAAAAAAUGGGUCACGGCUGAAGGAAAACCUAAUUUGCAAAGACUUCUUCAAGAGUUUGAUGAGACUCCUGUUCCUGUUGCAAACUGCAGUGCGAAAGAAUACAACUCCAACCCAAAGCAGAUCAUGCCUCUUAAGGAGUUUAUCCAGUACUGGAGAGAGUACAUACAGAAUGGCCAUUCUUCACCCAAAGGAUGUCUUUACUUAAAGGACUGGCAUAUGCAACGGAACUUUCCUGAACAUAAUGCUUACAAGACCCCGAUUUACUUCUCUUCUGAUUGGCUGAAUGAAUAUUGGGACACAAUUGAAGUGGACGAUUAUCGCUUUGUCUACAUGGGACCCAAGGGCUCAUGGACACCUUUCCAUGCAGACGUGUUUCGCUCGUACAGUUGGUCUGCCAACAUCUGUGGACGUAAGAAGUGGCUCCUGUACCCUCCCGGCCAAGAGGAGUUUCUGCGGGACUGUCACGGCAACUUGGCCUAUGACGUCACAGCACCCGUACUUCAAGACAAGGGCCUGUAUCCACAGUUCGAAGAGGCCUGUCAGCCUUUAGAGAUCAUCCAAGAAGCUGGGGAGAUCAUCUUUGUACCUAGCGGUUGGCAUCAUCAGGUUUACAAUUUGGAGGAUACCAUUUCCAUCAAUCAUAACUGGCUGAACGGCUGUAAUUUGGAUAUCACGUGGCAGUUUCUCCAAGAAGAGCUUUCUUCUGUCCAGAGAGAAAUCGAGGAAUGGCGUGAUACUAUGGAUACCUGGCAUCAGCAUUGUCAGGUGAUCAUGAAAUCGUGCACAGGAAUCGAUUAUGGGGAGUUCGCCUCUUUCCUUAAGACUAUUGCAAAUAACCGAAUGUUCUUUUUAAAUUCAUGUCCCAGAAAUGCAGAUAGUUGCCAAGAACACCUUGCCGAAAGUCUGUGUGCUUUAGGCCCUCAGCACGCGGCCUUCGACCUUCAGAGAGUAUUGCAUAUAUUUGAGAGCAUGCUUAGCAACGAAGACUUCAAGAGACUAGACCCUUCGGCUCUGAGCUUCAAACCAGAGGAGCUGCUUCAGGAGAUCAGAGAGGCUGUUCGAACUAUUGUAUAAACGCUGUACUGUAUGUGAAAGAUCGGCUAUGGCGGAUGCUCAUAAAUUCUUUUAACAGCACAUUCGUGUUCUUUAAUUAACUGUUCGAUUGUCGUUAUACUUUUAUGACAAACGGUGUUGGGGAGUUACUUUUAAAACGUACUUUAUUGUUAUUUGGCGUUUCAAAAACGAAUAAGCCUCAGGCUAAUCAAUAUCGCUCAACAUGGCAACUUAUUUGAAAAAAGUAACACUAAUAUGGAAAAGUAAUGCAUUACUAGUUACUUGAAAAAGUAACCUGAUUAUUUAACUCGCAUUACCCCAACACUGAUGAAAAAUAGCACGCAAACUUGGACUUCUCUAUUAAAGAUGUCAACAUGCUCCUUCCAGUUCUAUUCAAUUUUAGUAAAACCGAUAAAACCCGUUUAGUAGAGUUUUAUUUAUUUUUUCAGUAAUUGCUUUAUGUUUUACGUAUCAUCAGAAUAAGCUUUGAUUUAUGGUUUGUUAGGAAAGGACAAUAUUUGUCAGAGACGCAGCUGAAGUAUUGAGAAAGUGGCCUUUAAAAAACUGUCCAAAUGAAGUUCUUAGCAAUGCAUACUAAUCAAAAUCAAACGACCUUUACUUAAUAUCCUAUAAAAGAAAAAUCUAUCAUUUUGACCCAUAAAAUGUAUUGUUAAAUAUGUGCAUCUUCUAAUUGUUGGGAUACAUUUCAAAUAUCCAUUUAAUUAAACAACACAACAUUUUUUAAACAUUUUAUUUUAAAGUGUCAACUAAAACACUCAUCGGAUUUCUGUGUGAAAGUUAAAGAUUUCAUUUUUUUUAAAUUAACUAAAUAAAUAUUCGUUCAGGUGA